GGAGGGGGCUCCAGUGAGCAUGUGCAGAAGAACUUGGUGGCUGCUGGCCGCUCGCUCGCUGGCUCGCUCUCGCUCGGCCGGACGGGGCCGGGGCAGGUGGCUGAUGCUCUCAGGGGGCUCGCUCUCUGCACCCUCAGUGCUGGCCGCCGGACUCAGGCAGGCGGCAGGAAGGGAGAAGCGGCGGCGGCAGCCCCGGCUCGUGGGGACGGGGCCCCGGCCUCGGUUCUAGGGUCCGGGAGCGGAGGAUGGAGGCAGCUCUGCUGAAGCCUCCCGCGCCGCAGAUGAUGGCGGAGCAGGUGAAGUGCUCGCCCGGCGGGGGCGGCCCCGGAGCCGGCUCCGGGAGCGUGGUGAACGCGGAGCUGGAGGUGAAGAAGCUGCAGGAGCUGGUGCGGAAGCUGGAGAAGCAGAACGAGCAGCUGCGGAGCCGGGCGGCCAGCGCUGCCGCGGCCGCCGCCUCCUCCUCCUCCUCCUCCUCCUGCUCAGCCUCAGCCUCCUCCUUGACCUCCUCCGCCCACCCCGCAGCGGCCACCGCCUCCUCCGGCUCGCACCUGCUGCUGCUCCCGCCGCCGCUGUCCCCACCGGCCGUGGCUAUGACCGUGACCGUCCCACCCGCCGCUGGAAGCCCCCUGAGCCCCCCGGCCUCAGGCGCCGCUGGGGGAUUGACGCUAGCCCUGAGCAGCGGCAGUAGCAGCAGCAGCAGCAGCAGCAGCAGCGGCGGCAGUAGCCCGGCUUUCCCCGGGACCUACUGCCUGCCCAGCCCGGCCCCGACCCUCUUGUGCAGCCUGGCCCAGCCCGAACCGCCCUUCGUCUAUUUCAAACCAUCUCCCGCCGGCUUUCCCGGGCCCGGAGAAGGGGGAGGGGGUGGGGGCCAGGAGCCUGGGGGCUCGGCCCCGGCCUCCCCUGCCCCAACCCUGCUGGAUGAGGUGGAGCUGCUGGACCUGGAGAAUGGAUUCUGCAGCCAGCUGGAGGACGAGUAUACAUGGUUGUACACAUCUUCUAAAGCUUGCAGUUUACCAGAGAAUUCGAUGAGCCCUCUGCAGUGGUGUCGCCGGGUCCUGGAUAAUCCAACACCUGAGAUGGAAGCUGCAAAACGUUCUCUUUGCUUCAGAUUGGAACAAGCUCUCCGAUGGCGCAGUCUCUUCACCCCACCCACCUCCUUGGCCUUUCCUUAUAGCCCUGUUGCAAGACUCAGUCCAUAUAGCAAUGGCUUUAAUACUCCCAGCUUCUCUAAAACCUCCAGUAAAGCAAUACUAACACCUGAAAAAACAGGUUAUACUUCCAGGGGCUCCCCCCUUAGCCCACAGUCAUCCAUAGACAGUGAAUUGAGUACGUCAGAAUUGGAGGAUGACUCCAUCUCCAUGGGAUAUAAACUACAGGACCUCACUGAUGUUCAGAUCAUGGCUCGCCUUCAAGAAGAAAGUCUCCGACAAGAUUAUGCUUCCACAUCAGCAUCAGUGUCAAGACAUACUUCUGGCAUAUCAUUGAGUUCAGGAAAGAAAGGGACAUUCAGUGAUCAAGAAUAUGAUCGCUACAGUUUGGAGGAUGACGAAGAGUUUGAUCACCUACCACCUCCCCAGCCUCGUCUUCCUCGAUGUUCACCUUUCCAAAGAGGAAUUCCACACUCACAGACUUUCUCUAGCAUUCGGGAAUGUAGAAGGAGUACUAGCUCCCAGUAUUUUCCUUCAAAUAACUACCAGCAGCAACAGUAUUAUUCACCUCAAGCCCAAACUCCAGAUCAGCAACCAAAUAGGACAAGUGGAGAUAAACUCCGGAGAAGUAUGCCUAACCUAGCACGAAUGCCAAGUACAACAGCUGUCAGUAGCAAUGUUAGUUCCCCAGUCACUGUGAGAAACAGCCAGAGCUUUGACUCAAGUCUGCAUGGGGCUGGUAAUGGAAUGUCAAGGAUACAGUCAUGUAUUCCAUCACCAGGACAGCUUCAGCAUCGAGUUCACAGUGUGGGUCAUUUUCCAGUUUCCAUAAGGCAGCCUCUUAAAGCCACAGCCUAUGUGAGUCCAACCGUUCAAGGCAGCAGCAAUAUUCCUUUAUCCAAUGGUUUACAGGCAUAUCCUAACACAGGAAUUCCUGCACCAAACAAAACUACCACUCCUGGGAUGAUAGGGCGAAGUGGGCUUCCAAGACCAUCUUUGGCAAUAAAUGGGAGUAAUUUGCCCCGGAGCAAAAUUGCACAGCCUGUGCGAAGUUUUCUUCAGCCCCCAAAGCCUCUGUCUUCACUUAGCACUCUGAGAGAUGGAAAUUGGAGAGACGGCUGCUAUUGACGUGGCGUUUGGUAUUCUACAAGACUGGGAAAGAAGUGGAACAUGAGGGUUGUGUCGCCCAGCUGGCUGGGUGACAGUACAAUGGGCGUUUGUGUCUUUCCCUCCUUACAUUUUAAUGGAGUCACCACGCUGUUGUUUUGCAAUGGACCUAUCAGCAGAGACUACGUUUUGCACUUAAAUAUUUGCCUGGGGUACUGCGAUGUUCUCAAACCCACAGUUGCAGUAUUGUGACAUUUAGAACUAGAUCUGGUUUUUUUUUUUUUUUAAAUAGAUUGCUAUGUAUCUGAACUACUUUUUGAGAGAGUUAAGAUGUAUCAAUAUUAAAUACUGCUUUGCCAUAUCCAUUUUUUUAAGGUUACCUGUUCAAUGUACUUACGUUCCAAACACCUUUGUCCAUUCCGUGUUCUGUAUUUUAAUACAUUGCCUAUAACUGGGUCUUAUAACAUAUACUUUGAACUUUAAUUUUUAUAGUUUACAGGAAUCCUAUUUUUUGCACUUGUUUCUUUUUACACCUCUUUGAACCACUAGGGAACAAUUUAAAUUUUUGUGCCAUAAAAAAGUAUUUUUGUGGUAAGGUACUAUUUUUUUAGCUCUAGGGAGAGAUCAACAGAAACAUACCAUACAGUUUGGGGGAAUCUAUAAUCUUGUUUUUGUGGUUGUAGGAUGAGCACAAAAUAAUUGAAGAAUUCAGGGGAGAUGGCCAAGACAGCAAGGGAGUCCAGUGGUUUUUGCCUUGUUAUUGUUUCUUUAAAUGUUAAUUUAUUAUCACAUCCGGUUUGGUAUUUGUGGAUCGCAUCACAGAAUCUCAGAGGCGGAAAUGUGCAUUGCAUUUACCAAGUGCAAUGGUCUCUACACUAACUGUGGGAUUUCAAUACUUUGUUAUAAAGGAUGAAACUGUAAUGUUUUACUAACAUUUGCUUCUGGAAAAAAAAGAAUGCAUUUUAAUGCAAAUAAAUCUUUUUGAUAGACCUUUUACAGAAUCCAAUUGCACUAAUGAAUGCUUUCUUAUGGCAUAUGACCUAAUAUUUGUUACUGUGUAUACUGCUGUUUUGGAAUGUUUCAGAAAUAAAGAAUCUAUUUCAGCAAUAUCAAGUCACACAUGACUGUGCAACAUAAUAUGAACAGAUAUGUUUUUCUAUAGGUGAGCUUUAUUACAAUUUUUGAAGAUGAUUGGAUUGUUGCUAUUUUUGUACACAGGAAUUUGCAUUGCAUGAGCAUCUUUAUAUUUACUGUAGAAGGGCUUGGAAGAACUAAAACCUUUGUUCACUGGAGGCAAAAAAAUUACUUGGCUUCAAAACAUUUCUACCAGGUUAUUAUAUUUAAUUUCCACCAUAAAUUGUGGACUUUGGCCAAAUAUUUAUCCCAGAGGGGACUAUUGGAACUUCAGUAGUAAUGGGUCAGCUUGAUGCCUUGAAAUAUAUUUAAGAUAAAUCACUCAUUAAACAUGUCAGCACAUUAUGCAAAUAGAAUUCAGGUAGCUUCCGAGAAAUAAAAAAAAUAAAAGUAAUCCUCCUCAUUUCAGAAUUGACAAUGUUCUAGAAAACUGUUCAGGACAGAAUAUAGUAGAAUGCUUUAGGAAGACAUUUGUAUUCAAGUUGUUAGGAUGAAAUAUUUGGCCAAGAUUAGGAAAAAUCCAUAUUUUUAAAAGUAUCUGUUUUCAUUUAUUCGCCAUAUAAUGUACUUAAAUCAUUAGAGACAUAGAAAAUACAUUGCACAUGUGUAAACAGUUAAAUGAGUAGUUCUCUAAGGAAAUGAAGGGGAAUUGAGAGGAAUAAACAUUUAUAUACCACCACUGUGCUAAGAGCUUUACAAAUAUUAUCUCAUUUAAUUCCCACAAUAAUCCUGCAAGAUAGAUGUUGUUAUCCUUAUUUGACAGUUGAGAAAAAUGAGAGCCGAAUAGAGGUUGCGAGUUGUCCUCGGGGUCACAGAGUGUCUGAGGACAGA